GAAAGAUCCUGUUGAGAACAAUUGGUUGAGAAACCAAAUAGGCUAUAGCCGAGGUUAUACCUCUGCGGGCCGACACAUCAUUUCCCCAGGCAACAGGAGAGGAGGCGGCCUCGGGCCUCAACGUAGCCGAUGCGGCGAUUGGCGAGAGACCUGAGGCUUGCAAGGCCUUCACGCGAUGAGCUGUGGUCCCACUACAGGAGGAGGCCGCAUCGGCAUGUCAGCAUCCCGGCGGCCAAAUCAACACCAUCGCAUGGGCACCAGCAGCUGCCUCUGCUGCGUCUGCACCACCGGCAGCAGCGCGGAUCUGCCCCGUGCCCUUUUCCCGACGACGGUAGAUUGAUGACCGAGGCGGCCUGGACGACACUGUCAAGCCGACCUGUCACUGCACCAGGUGUCCAGCUGUCAGCAGCAGAGGCACCAUGCGCCUCGCGCGCACCAAGAUCCCCCCUCCCUCCCUCUCUCCACCACCACCACCCGCCACGGCGGUGGCCAGUCCACCACCGCUGCCACGGCACAUUUGUCAGCCGUCGGCUGAUGUCGUCGUCAUCAGCCGCAGCCGAGCGGCGUGGUGAGCCAGAUGCCGACACGGACGAGGGCGCGACGCCUUUCCGUGAGAGGCUGGCGGGGGACGUGGGUGUGUCGAGUGAGCAUGACGCGAAGCGGCUGGUGCUGGGUUUGUCAUCCGACGAGCGGCUGAUGUUCGAGCGUGCGCUGGUCAAGGUGCGGGAGGACGAGGCGUGGCGCGCGAGGAAGGGCGGCGGGCAGCUGCACCCCGUUGAACACGAGUGCCAGGCCGACCAGAUAUUUCAGACCAUUGACGACAACAAAGGCAAGCCACCCCACCACACACCACGCUCAGCACACGCAGCGCAUCGUUGUUCCUUCCUUGUGUGUGUCAGAUGGGUUCGUCUCUCGUCGGGAGUUCCGCAACUUCUACAACAGCAUCGUGUUGCCGGCUCGUGAGGUUCAGCAGGCCAAGGUGUCUGAGCUGAACCACCAGCUCAACCAGCUCAAGGCCUGGCGCGACAGACAGGGGGAAGGGGCCCAUGCCGCCCCGGGAGCCGAUGGCUCAGCAGGGGAGGGCAUCACGUCCAACCAGCUGGCACUGGUGCUCAUCAGGGGCAUGAUUCCCUAUAUCGGCUUCGGGCUGUGCGACAAUGCUGUGAGGGAGAUACACACACCACACAUGGAGAGAGAGAGAAGAACGGCGUCUCUGUGUGUGUGUGUGUGUGUGUUUGGUCGAUUGGGUCGUUUGCUCGUUUGUUGGUUUGGUUCCUUCAGCUGAUGCUGGUGGCUGGUGAGUGGAUAGACAAGACCGCUGGGGCCGCAUUCUGCCUCUCCACACUCGCGGUGAGUGGGGUGGGUCAAGGGGUCGGUCGGCAACACAACACACGCAAUCACAGGAACCGUCCGAGAGCUGCCCUUCCUGGUUUGUCCAUAACGGUUUCCUUAAUGAAUGCAGUCUGCCGGCUUCGGCAACCUGAUCAGCUGCGCGACCGGUGUGGUCACCGGCGGGUUCAUCGAACGCUUCUCAUACCAAAUCGGUGGGUGAAUGCAUUGCCCGGCCUCAGUACUUGACCCGGGCGGCUGCACCGGUGCUGCCCUAGGCAGACACGCUUCGCUGUGUACCGGCUGUUCAGGUGUUCCGUCUCCCAACUUGACCCCCCAGCAGGCCGAGUCGCAGUCCGUCAAGAACCUGCACAUCAUCGGAUCGGUGCUCGGCAUCUGCGUCGGGUGAGUGAGCCGACAGAGCCACACCACACUCUCAGCUUUGCACGGCACCUGUAAAACCAGGAAUGCAUAGCAGUGCUAUGGACGCACUCUGUCGCACGAGUCAGUUGGUCUGUUGGUUGUUCUCGUCCUCUCCGUGGCUGGUCUGGUCGGUUCAUUCAGGUGCUUCAUCGGUAUGUUUCCGCUGUACUUUCUCCCGACGGCCAACGGCAACGGCCAUGGCAACGGCGGCCAUGGCAGUGGCAGGGGGCACUGCACACUGGACAAUGCCGCUGUCAAGGCGGGAGACGACGAGUGUGCCAAGGCUGCUGCUGGUGCUGCUGCUGCUGCUGCUGCAGAAAAGUAGCUAGGAGGUAGACUGGAUGGGUGUGCGAUUGAUGUGCACAGCCAGUAGACGAUGGACGGAUGGACGGACGGAUUGGGCAGCUCGCCCAUGACUGACGAAUGUGCUGCUGAUGUGACAGACACACAGACACAGAGACAUGCGUGUGUGUGGAGUGAGUGGCCGAAUGACAGACCAGCUAACGUAUCGAUAGUUGGUCCUUCUCUCUAUAAGUGUCUGUGUGUCACACGAGUCUUUUUGAUUGAUCUCUUUCUGUCUGACUCGACUCUGAUGUUGAUCGAUCAAUGGUAGCCAGCCGGAUGGAUGUCCACUCACGAUCCAAACACGCUCAGC